AUGCCAAAGCGCAAGAGCCCCAGUGACGACGAACACGAAGACUAUGAGCACUCGGAGGAUGAUCAGCCAAAAACCGAAACUAAGGCAAGCCAAAAAAAGCGAACUCCAAAGGCAACCGAGGAGCCUUUAACUAUCAAGAAGCCAAAAAUUGGUUCUUCAGCCAGCCAAUCUCCAGGCUCGAAUAAAAAGUCAACCCAUGACAACGAUGUGGAGGUCUUCACCAGUCCUGAAGGUGAAAAAUAUGUUCAGCUGGGCCAAAAGAAACGUGUAACCGUCCGUGAGUUCAAAGGCAAGAUUCUUGUCGAUAUUCGUGAAUUUUAUGGUAAAGACAAGGAGGACGAAAAACCAGGAAAGAAAGGCAUCUGCUUGAAUCAGGAACAGUGGGCUUGUCUGAAAAAGAGCAUCAACACCAUCGACUCUUUCUUUGCUAACAAGUAA